UCAGCAUAGCCCUCAAAAGCGAGUUGAGUGGAGCGAGGGGAGGGGAAGGGGGCAUAGAAAAGGAAAACCAGGGAAGGGGGGGGGGUUGGUGGAGAGGGGGGAAAAACACCCUCGGACAGUCCCUGCUCCAGCAGCCGCCGUUGCCUUCCGAAGGGGCCGCCGCUCAGACGUGGUGUGAAGGUAGCGUGUGAAGGUGUGUUUGUAUGCUGUAAGAGCACAGCCAGCCUGCCGGGAUGUCCAAGAAGCAGGACCCGAGGGACAUCGAUGAGGAUGCCAUCCUCAGAGGACUUUCUGCUGAAGAGCUCGACCAACUGGAGGAUGAGCUGCAGGAGAUGGACCCUGAGAAUGCCAUCCUGCCGGCCGGGAUGCGUCAGCGUGAUCAGACGAAGAAGAGCCCCACAGGGCCGUUUGACCGAGAUGCACUCAUGGAGCACCUGGAAAAGCAGGCCUUGGAGCAUGUCGACCGGGAGGACCUGGUGCCCUUUACUGGGGAGAAGAAGGGAAAGGUCUUUGUCCCCAAACCCGGCACGGGGCAAAUCCCCAUCGAGGAGCAGAUCACACUCGAGCCUGAGCUGGAGGAAGCGCUGAAGAAUGCCUCGGAUGCAGAGAUGUGCGACAUUGCAGCCAUCUUGGGAAUGUACACACUGAUGAGCAACAAGCAAUACUAUGAUGCUCUUGACGUCUUUGGCAAAAUCGCUAACACAGAAGGCAUCAACAGUGUGGUGCAACCUGAUAAAUACAAAACCUAUCCGGACGAGCCUCCCAACCCUACUAAUGUCGAGGAGACCCUUCGCAAGAUCCAGAAAAACGAAAGCGGCUUGACUGAUGUCAACCUCAACAACAUCAAGGACAUUCCCAUCCCAACGCUGAAGGAGAUCUUUCACGCCAUGAAGUCCAACACGAAGGUGAAGUCACUGAGCAUCGCUGCCACCCGUAGCAAUGACCCUGUCGCCAUGGCCAUUGCUGAGAUGCUGGAGUCCAACAAGACUCUGGAGAGUCUUAACAUUGAGUCCAACUUCAUCACCGGCGAGGGCAUGAUGGCCAUUGUCAAGGCUUUGGCACAGAACACCACGUUGAAGGAGCUGAAGAUCGACAACCAGAGGCAGAAGUUUGGAGAUUCGCUGGAGAUGGAAAUCGCAGCUAUGCUGGAGAACAAUUCAUCCAUUGUGAAGAUUGGGUACCACUUCACCCAGCAGGGCCCUCGAGCGCGGGCCGCCAUGGCAAUCACACGGAACAAUGAUAUCCUCCGCCAGAAGAGAAGAAGAUGAAGGGAUCAGAGACGUCUUCCCGGUCCGCCAGCCCACCUGCGGUGCCCCUUUCGUCCCAGUGCUGCUGUAGAUGCCCAGUGACUCUUGUGCGCUUGCGUCAACUUGGCCAGCUGUCCAUGACAUGCCUUAGCGCCCUUUGCACUCACCUCCUCGCCUCUUUCCUCACUGUCUUUGUGAUUUGUCUAAGAAAAGAAUUCCAUCCUACAAUGCUGCUGCGUUACUCGUAGGCAGCCAGUCACAAGGUAGUUAUUCUUGUGCGUCAGCAGAACUCGGAGACCCAGAGUUCCACUUAGGUCCAUCACGCUAAGGCAGGAAAGCUUAAACAGCAGCUCAGCAUAAUCAAAGGACAGGUGGGGGUGGGGGUGGGGAUCUGCGAGUUUCACCAGCAACGCUUGACUUCAGAUCGGUGCUGCGGGGCAAAACAGACAGCAAACAUGUUCUGUAAAUAAUUUGAAUAAAGAAUUUACGUUGCU